UGGAAGGUCUGAGAGGACGCGCGCCGGCGCCGGCGAUGGGCCCCGCUGCGCGGCUGGCAGCGCUCUUGGCGGUGCUGACCCUCCAGGCAGGGAACCCGGCCGGGGUCGCGGCGCGCGGGGACACGUUCUCGGCGCUGACCAGUGUGGCGCGCGCCCUGGCGCCCGAGCGCCGGCUGCUGGGGCUGCUGCGGCGCUACCUACGCGGGGAGGAGGCGCGGCUGCGGGAUCUGACCAGAUUCUAUGACAAGGUGCUAUCUUUGCAUGAAGAUUCAGGAACCCCUGUGUCUAACCCUCUGCUUGCAUUUACUCUCAUCAAACGCCUACAGUCCGACUGGAAGAAUGUAGUACAUAGUCUGGAGGCCAGUGAGAACAUCCGAGCUCUGAAGGAUGGUUAUGAGAAGGUGGAACAGGACCUGCCAGCCUUUGAGGACCUUGAGGGAGCAGCAAGGGCCCUGAUGCGGCUGCAGGACGUGUACAUGCUCAGUGUGAAGGGACUUGCCCGAGGCGUCUUCCAGAGAGUCACCGGCUGUGCUGUCACUGACCUGUACAGUCCCAGACGGCUUUUUUCCCUCACGGGGGAUGACUGCUUCCAAGUUGGCAAGGUGGCCUAUGACAUGGGAGAUUACUACCAUGCCAUUCCAUGGCUGGAGGAGGCUGUCAGUCUCUUCCGAGGCUCUUAUGGAGAAUGGAAGACAGAGGAUGAGGCCAGUCUAGAGGAUGCCUUGGAUCACUUGGCCUUCGCCUAUUUCCAGGUGGGAAAUAUUUCCUGUGCCCUCAGCCUCUCCCGAGAGUUUCUUCUGUACAGCCCAGAUAAUAAGAGGAUGGCCAGGAAUGUCUUGAAAUACGAAAAGCUCUUGGCAGAGAGCCCCAACCAGGCCGUAGCUGAGGCUGUCAUCCAGAGGCCCAACGUACCCCACCUGCAGACCAGGGACACCUAUGAGGAGUUAUGUCAGACCCUGGGCUCCCAGCCGACUCACUACCAGAUCCCCAGGCUCUACUGCUCCUAUGAGACCAGUUCCAGCCCCUACCUGCUGCUCCAGCCUGUCCGGAAAGAGGUCAUCCACCUGGAACCCUAUGUUGUUCUCUACCAUGACUUUGUCAGUGACACUGAGGCUCAGAAAAUCAGAGGGCUUGCAGAACCAUGGCUACAGAGAUCUGUGGUGGCAUCAGGCGAAAAGCAGUUACCAGUGGAGUACCGCAUCAGCAAAAGUGCCUGGCUAAAGGACACCGUUGACCCAGUGCUGGUGACCCUGGACCAUCGCAUUGCCUCCCUUACAGGCCUUGAUGUCCAGCCUCCCUACGCAGAGUACCUCCAGGUGGUAAACUACGGAAUCGGAGGGCACUAUGAGCCUCACUUUGACCAUGCUACGUCACCAACCAGCCCACUGUACAGAAUGAACUCUGGGAACCGAGUCGCAACAUUUAUGAUCUACCUGAGCUCGGUGGAAGCUGGAGGAGCCACAGCCUUCAUCUACGGCAACUUUAGCGUGCCUGUGGUCAAGAAUGCAGCACUAUUUUGGUGGAACCUGCAUAAGAGUGGUAAAGGGGAUGGUGGCACACUUCAUGCUGGCUGUCCUGUCCUGGUAGGAGAUAAGUGGGUGGCCAACAAGUGGAUACACGAGUAUGGACAGGAAUUCCGCAGACCUUGCAGUGCGAGCCCUGAAGACUAAAAUGCUGGCAGAGAGAAGCUGGAGGAGUCCUUUGGCUUUCCAGAGAAGCCAGAAGCCAAAAGCUAUGGUAAGAGAGGAGAAAGGAGAGCAAGCUUCUGGAGGAGGGCCUUUGUCAGCAUUACCUAUUCCUUGCAAAUGGGAGACAAGGAAGUGGUCUCUAGCAGGGGACAUCUGAGAACUUACAGUUUCUCCUCGAGCCAUGAGUCACAGUAGAAUGAACAAUACAAAGGAGGGGGCAAGGAGGCUGGAGAGAGAAGUUUCUGGAGCUCAGACACACUCUGUUGGGAACAGGACAUAUCAACAGUCUCCAGGGUUUGGUCACUGGGGCUUUUGCUACUUGAGCCUUGACCACAGGGACCCAGAAGUGGCAGUGAGGACACCUGCAGGUGGUGCCUGACCCCCAUAUGCCCUUCUGCCUACUGACUUCUGCUGAAGGCUGAGCAGGGGGUGUCUCUGUAUCAGGAGUGUACCUCAUGUGAUGAUUUUUUUAAAGCAGAAAAUAACUUUUUAAAAAUAUGAUUUUUUAAUACAGCCAUUAAAAAUGUUUUAAUACAGUCAUUAAAGAUGUUUACAAACCAUUUUUCACAACUAAGAACAUUCUUACAUUGUAAUAUUGAGUGAAAAAGGCAGAGUAUAACAUUUUAUUUAUGUGUAAUCUCAUCUUGGCUCCCCUCUCACUGCAUUCCAGACACAAGACAUUCUUUCUAUUCCUCAAAACCAACAUCGGUCCCACUCUUCAGGCCUUUUGCAUCUGCUGCUCCUGCCAUGGUCUCACCAUUCCACUCUUGGCUCAGUGUCGCUUCAGAGAGGCCUUCUCUGACACCCAACCUUCCAGCCACUUUCGUUCACAUUAGCCAACUUUGUUUUCUUCCUAACAAACACUUUUCUUGAAAUUACUUUUUAUUCAUUUAAUUGUGGCCAGUGGCCUUCCCUUCAGGGUGAGUGCUUUAAGACCCCUCUAUACUUUGUAAAUGCCUCUAUUGUAGCCCCCAUCUCACUGAAUUUCACUAUUUGUUUAUUUGCCUGGCUGCCUGCACUCCUUAUACCUCUUGGUAUCCCCAAAAAAGGUCUGUUUCAAAUAAGUAGACAUUCAGCAAAUAUUUUUGGAUAAAUGAAUAAGAAGGCCUCCUUUGAGUUGUACUUUGGAGGACAGGUAGAAUUUUUUUAUAGGCAGAGUCUAAUGAGGAGAAGCAUUUCCCAGCAGAAGGACUAGCAUGAGCUAAGGCUGCAUUGAUGAGUAACUUGUGCAAAGAGAACAUUCCAGGCAACUUGGCUCAGGUUCCUCAACAGGAGCGAGGGCGUGUGCCUUGCUCACAAAGAAGCCACACAAGUAAAGGACUAGGUGCUUAGACACUGUGCUGCCUCCGCCCCCUCCCUGCACCAUGCACAUCAGGGUUUCUGCCUCCCAGAGCUCUGUGGGCCCCAAGGAAAAGGUUCUGGUGUCCUGAUAUUCAGGUUCCUGAAGAGCCUCCAUGAGCACCUGGUCACAUGCCCAGUAUUUCCGCUGAGUGCAUCAGGACUCUGGAAACCCUCUUACUAAAUUACUGUCAUGUAGGGAAGAAAAAGUACUUUCCCCCUACCCUUCUGAGUUCUUAGCUGAAACCUGUGUAAUAAAAGACAUAUUAACAAAAGGAAACCCACAAGCUUAGUGACAUGUAUAUAUCAUGUAUACAUGGGAGAUACCCAGAGGAAAAUGAAUAACUCCCCGAGGUGGCUUAGAACUUGGGAUGAAAUGCCAUCUUAAUAGGGAAAGGGGGGAUGUAGCCCUCUUAGAUUUUUAGGAAUGAUAAAUGGGCCCUUAGAGUACAGCCCAUAGGUGCGAGAUGUGAUGGUGACAGUUUAUCUAGGUGUGGUGUCCACUUGUAGUCUCUUCUCCUGUGGUAAGGGUCAGUCUUCCUUGGUUGGUGAAACUCUUGAGGAGGGGAUUUCUAACAAUUGAGUUCCUUUUGGAGCAUAUGUCUUCAGGCAGGUGAGAGCAGUUCAGGGAAAGUGGUGUGUCUGUGGGACCCCAAAAGCGCUUAGUAGGUAGCUAUUUCUAAAUAGGACUGAUGGUGGCUUGGUACAUAGCUAGUUUAUAAUUUUGUUUCUUUCUUGCAUGCUUCUUCAGCUGUUUUUCUAACAGCUUUCUCCAACCUGGGUUCCUGGUGUUGCACUCAGUAUCUCUCACAAGAUUCACUACAGGGAAAAUUCUUUAUGUUAAUGACUAUUAUCAUUGUCAUUAGUAACAUACUGACUGUUUACCACUGGCCAGGCACUGUGCUAAGAACUGAGGUGCACUUGUCUCCUUCAAUCCUCAUGAUGAAUGGGUACUAUUGUCUCCAUUUUAUAGAUGAGGGAAACUGAGGCAGAGAAUGUGUAACUUGCCUGAGG